AUGUUGUUCCUCCUCUGCAUCUAUAUGAUGGUCAAAGCCGCCGUAGACACUCUUCCUCAAGGCCCUCCUGUGCCAGCGGGCGUCAAGAUCCGCUUUGCCGGAACAGCGGACAUCAGGCAGCUUACCCGUUCCGAUCGCGGCCAUCGUGUGCUCAGAAACGCUGAGCUCCCCUACGUGCUCAUUGUCCGGCUCACAACUGGGAGAUAUGUUAUUUUCGUCUCGCCGGAUGCGAUACUUCCCGUGCCACGCAUUAUGGUGCUGUCAAGCAGCACGGUGUACAUCGUCUCAGAGCUUGCGCUAACGCUCCGCUGGGCCCACUCCACUGCCAAUACCUUGAAUUGGUAUGAAGCAAGGAUCCCGGGCCCCGAUAGCGAACCAUUCGAGGAGUUCGUCGGCUGCUUCCAAAUGAACUACGAAUCUGCCCUGAACUACGAAUCUGCCCCUCGCGACACUGGCGUCGAUGAUGAGAUCGACGCGUAUGAGAUCGCGCACAUCUACAACCGAUUCGAAGAUUGUAUUAUGUGGGGUUCUUUCGAGGACAACACGACGUGGGCUCACGUUCGUGAAGCCUACUGGAGGUAUCGAUCGAACGACACGGGUCAUUGCCUCCGCCUUGGCUCACUGACACUUUCUUCGGGAGAACUCUCCAUCGCCCUCGGCCCGUCCUUCUUACUGUCGACCUGGAAGGAGGGUGUCCCUGCGGGAGCCAUUCGUCCGACAUGUGGAUCGAAGGCUCACGGCCGACGAGCCUCGUUGUUGGCCGCGAAGAAGCGAGACGUCGCGGGUAGCGGGAAGAGACGCGGCCGCCGUACGAUAGGGCGUACUAUGGCACAAGCGAGCGACGCGAGCAAAUUCAUCGGAGUGAUGUAUGUCUAUGAGAGAAGGAGCGUCCCGCCCGGCCACCUGCGGCCAUUGCUGGGACAUGCCUGCAAGCGGACAGGAGACCAUGGGCGGUCGUCGUAUAGAACGCCGUUUCGCGUCUUGCCUCCAGUGAGGCCGUCACGAGAGCUGCACGCGCGUUGCCCAGUACUGUUCGCGUGUGAUCGGAAAUGUGGUGUGCUGGGUUCUGCUACCUGCUGUCCAGAGGCGCAGAAGGGCCGCGGGUUGGCGCGUAGGGCGUACUGGAGAGGAUCACUUUUGGUCAGAGUCGCACCGAGGAGCGCGUAG